CGCCCUCCUCGUAGCCGGCUCCCACACGCUCGGCAAUCUUUCUCACUCACUCAAAAAGAGGACUCGACGAGCGAGCUACUUGCCAUAUCUUCUCCCCCCUCAUCCUGUACUUGUCUCACACCGAUGCAUGGUGAGCAUCGCAUUUCUGGGUCCGCUCAACUGUCCGCAUCACAAGUGCAGACGCUCGCAUUUGCUCCGGCAAGCAGGCAAUCAUUAGCUUGCAAGCAGUCAGAGUGCAUCGGGGGCCGAGGGGAGUGACCUACAUACUAAGCAGCAUUCGCAUCCAUUCAUUCCUCGCUCCCAUCGUCAUCCUCGCAUCUCGCCAACAUUGAGCAGAACUUCGUUGCCUACGCGCAUCGAGUGUCUCCGCCUGGCACGGCUCCAUCUCUCCCAUCACCAUCCGAAUGUCAUUCGCAUCGUCGUCUGACGGUAGCGAACGUUUGUCAGAUUCGCCGUACAGCCGCAGCCCAUUGGUCGCGAGCAGCCCGCUCGACGGAAGCAGAGCCACUGUCGGCCGCCGUCCAAGUUGGGCGUCGAGAUCGCCCAACGCGCACAAAGGCAGAUACUCGCAACAGUCUACUGGACUGCACCGACUCAGAAACGCAUUCGAUCGGGACGAAGAGUCGACCUCCGAGCUCACCGCUUUGACAAGUCUGGCCUGCACAGUAGCAGACCCGAGCGUCAGCCGCUCAGACAGCUUGCUCAUCUCUGGCCUCCCUCUGCAGCAGCCCGGCAAACCGCGGAUUCUUCCAUCGCAGCAAGCGUUGGUUCUUUCUCGCUCGCCUUCUCCGCUACCAGCUCAAGUGGCAUCCAAACAAGGGGUUGUCGAUUGGAUCGAAGAGACCGCAAGACAACAGUACCGAAGUGCGCUCACACGCAGAUCACCAACAUCCUCAUCUGCCGAUCGCACAGAGCCCUCACCCUCCACCAGACCUCUCAACAUGGCCGCGAGUUUCAUCAAUACCACAGAGCCCCGAACUUUGAAUGCGGCCGGCGUGCAAGAUUACGCUCGCGACCAUGCUCGCGAAGCAUCGAGGCCUCCGUCGGCGGGGCGCAGCGGAGCGUCUAGGCAUCAUCAGGCAGGAGGUCCUAGUUGGAGCACUUUCGGAUCAUCGCUCUUUCAUGCAGAUAACGAUGCCCCCUUUGGCGACAUCUCCACAGUGUCAGCACCAUUUGGAGGGGAAGCACUUUCGAGCCAACAGUCUUCGAGGACGAACCGCAAUCAAGAUCUGUCCUUCUCUCCAGGCCGCGGACCGAGUUUGUUGAAUCAAUCGGAUUCAUCCUUCGACAAGAGGCUGCAACAGCAAAACUUCAACCAGCGACAGGCCGAUGCUCGCGGGGAGCGGCAGAAGUAUUCACCCAUGACCUCGCCUUCGGUCGGCAAUUCGCCUCGCCUCGGCUCUGCGCCGAAGAAGGACUGGUCCAGCGCAGCGGCCUACCCGGUGCCCCCCAUCCAGUACGUUUCGGAAGCGUCUGCAAACUUUGACCACUCGGGAUCCACCGACUCUAUGACCAAACGUCCAGGCAGAAUUGAGCACCGACCGCAAGCAGAUGACGACAUUGCCGAGGAGAUGAUGUCGGACUCUGAUGCUGGACAUCGACAGCGACGUACGCGAAGGAGGAACCAGAGUAGCGACUAUGAAAUGGGAAUGUCUAGCAGCGUCGAAAGAUCUACAUCGAUGGAGCCUGCUUGGGCUGACGACAUGAGCAACGUUGACGCUGGCAGCUCGCAACACGGAUCCAAUAGGCCCGUACACCGAGUAGCCGGGACCCCGAGAGGAGACGAGGAGCAGGACGACGUCAAUGAUCAAGGGCUCCCGCAUCGCGAACAAAGAGAGGGCAUGCCCAGUACCAUGCCGACGCCUACCUUGUCCGACGACUUUAGCAGUGUGGCGCCCCAGGUCGACGACACAGACAUGAGGGGGUCUUCCGCCGACUCGACUCCGCCAAUGCCUGCGCCAAAUCAGGACGCUUUCGAGAUAGCUGCACUCAAGCGCCAGGUCGAGCAGCUGAGCCUCGCGCUGAAACAACGCAGCGUCUCGGAGCAACGUCAACAGCAGCAAUUGGCGAACCUCUACGUGACUCACCGGGAUCGGCGCAUGCAGGGUGGCGUACUACCGGCCAUCAAUACUGGUCUGCCAACUCCUUCCACGAGCCGCGCAACUUCCACUGUCGGUCCUCGUCGAAGUCCAAACGCGGCUGGGCAAUCAUACUCUGCUUCCAUGGUCGGCCCUGCACCUUCGACCCAGCUACCAAACCCUCCUACCAGGUUUCACUCUCCUCCCACAUCACCCCUCGCCCAGAUGCUGGCGGCGCAAUACCAACAACAUUACCCAUCGACGCCGUCGCAUCUCGGUUCGCGCUCCCGAGUCAGCGGCCCAGCGCUCAGCUCCGUGAUGAUGGACGAGAGCGCCAGCGCGGUUGCCAGUCAGGAUGCGGUGCGCGUCGAAGAAUUGGCCCGCAAGAUCGAAGCGCUGGAGAGUCUUUUCAAGACUUCGAGCAUCAGUCCGCAUCAGCAGCAGCAGCCCACAAGUACCCAGGAUGCUGUGCGCAGCGUCCGAUCGCCUACGCCCACUCAGACCACCGCCCGAAAUGCUGCCGCGCGUUCCAAAGGCGCUGCCGGCUCUCCCAUCACUGACGAGUUUGCAGAUGCGUGGCACAUGGAGGAUCCGGGCAUGCUGAGCUCGGGCGACUCUUCGACGCUCUCUCAGGUCGAUCCUUCAGCGAUGCGACGACAUUCGAUGGUCUCUGUGGACUCGAUGACGCGAGCUGGACCAGAGGUGCCGACUCGCACAGCAUCCGUUGCGCACGGUCAGUACAACCCUCGAGGCGGUGGGAUGAGCGGAGGUGUUGCUGGGUCUUUUGUGCAAAGGUUGGCUCGAUCUGGCCCAAUGAGGUCGCCUUCCUUGUCCACGCUGUCCGCCUCGACCCACCAGGGCGGCGACACUCCCUACGGAACGACGACCUCCGCUAGACGAGGGCGUUCACCGGCGCUGAGCGCCUUUCAUUACAACGUGACCGCUCCCUACUCGGAGGCCCACCGCGAGCGAUCUCGACCCUCGGGUGCGGUAUCCGUGAGCAGUCACUCGCACUCCCAGUCGUCUGACCCUCACGCAGAUGUGAGAUGGUCGCCAGAGACGAUUGGGGCGCAAAAGCGCAAAAAGGGUGCCAGUGUGGCCCGCUUCAUCUUGGGCGCUGCAUCUGCAAGACGAACGGAUGGAAGCAGCAUCACGGAGCCGAAACCUGCCGGAUCGAAGAUGAAGCAAGGGCCAGGCAGAGGCAGAGUCUAUAUUGCGCCAUCAAAGAAGGCUUCGGCAUCCACCCAGCAGCUCUAGUCGCCUCCUCGCCAUGAGGCGCGACCAAAGCCAAGUGACGGCAAGAAAUGCGACCCGCCUUUGCCAGACCUAUACUUGAUCCUUGCCCAGACUUUCUUGCGAAACUUUUGAACAACUUUCUUGGACUCGCAUUGCUCGUAGCAUCACCUGCCCCACAUCCGCGUUGCGCGCUAGCCGUAAACUUUACUCGCUCCUUGAUACCUCUUUCUCAGGUUCGCGACUUUGCUAGAUGCGCGAUGUAUCGUAUACCUUGGAGGUCGAUUCCGUUCGUAGAGC